AUGUCUUCAUCAAAAGAAUCAAACGACGGAAGUCUUCAUGGCAGCAGCAGUAUAGAGAACAAUCCUCCUAUUAUAAGUCGCACCGAGACAAGAACUACAGCUCCUGCUGAUGAGCUACCCUAUGGUCGUUCUGAGACAGUUCAAAAUUUAGAAGAUAAACUUGGAGACAGUCAUGUCAAUCUUCUACCCAAGAAAAAACUCAUAAUCUGUCUCAUGGGUAUGUCGCUUAGUCUUUUUGCAUGUUUCUGUGAUCAAACAAGUGUAACAGUUGCGCUACCAUAUAUAGCGAAAGACCUACAUGCGACAGACUCCAUUAAUUGGGCAGGAACAUCUGCUUUAGUGGCCAAUUGUGUUUCCCAAGUUCUUUUUGGUCGUUUUGCCGACAUUUUUGGAAGAAAGACUGUUCUUCUUUUCAGUCUUUGUCUUCUUAUGAUUUCCAAUAUGUUAUGCGGGUUUGCUCAAACAGCAGUUCAGUUUUAUAUCUUCAGGGCAUUUGCUGGUAUUGGAGCCGGUGGCACUCAGUCAUUAACGAUGGUAAUUGUGAGUGAUAUCGUGACUUUGAGACAGAGAGGAAAAUUUCAAGGAAUUUUGGGUGCAAAUGUUGGUUUAGGAAAUGCAGUGGGUCCAUUGAUUAUGGGAGUCUACACUGAAAAACUCUCUUGGAGAUAUUUUUAUCGGACCCUCCCACCAAUUGUGGCAGUCGUGACAGUUACAGUCUAUCUACUCGUGGAUAACAAAAAACCACAUCUGCAUUCUGUUCUAACCACUAAAGAAAAAUUUCAGAAGAUAGACUACUACGGUAUCGUAUUUGCUAUGGCUGGUCUUCUAUUAUUGUUAAUCCCUAUCAGUGGUGGUGGAUCUACCUAUAAAUGGAACAGCCCAAUUGUUAUUGUCAUGUUCUGUGUUGGAGGCGUUUGUCUCAUAAUAUUUCUUCUCAUUGAAUGGAAAAUCCCCGAAUUACCAAUGAUCCCACUCCAACUAUUUCAGAACAGGUCCCUUUGUAUUCUAUUAGGAACAACGUUUUUGAAUGGUGCAGCAUAUUUUGGAUUUUUAUUCAUUGUGCUGUAUUAUUAUGAAUUGGUGAAAGGUGGGUCUCCAAUGCGCUCUGCGGUUCUCAUGCUUCCACUUGUUUUAACACAGGCUACAAUGUCGUCCAUUGCCGGUACCAUUAUAUCUUACAUUGGACAUUUUUUGCCCAUCAUGUAUAGUGGAUACCUGUUUUGGUUGACUGGAUGCGGCAUGACAGUUGCUUGGAAGGAGGAUACUUCGACGGCCUAUAUUGCAGGUACGUUGAUCAUGCUAGGUACUGGAAUCGGUUUCAUUUUCCAGCCUACAAUGGUUGCAGCACAAGCGAACUCAAGAAUGUCCCAACGUGCCGUUGUGAUCAGCACACGUAAUGUGCUCCGGUCUUUCGGAGCUGCUUUCGGCACGGCCAUAUGCUCGCUAAUAAUCACCAACACCUUGGUUACUGAAAUCAACAAAAAAAUGAAUGAGGGUGGUGCUUCCAUGUCAUAUUUACUGUCAUUGAAGAAGAAUAUUUACUCCAGGCCUGACACCGCCAAUUUGACCGAGGCUCAACUCCACGUAGUAAGGUCCUUAUACAUGAAGGCGAUAAGGAAUGUCUUCUACCUUACAAUCCCAUUGGUGUCGAUUUGUCUUUUAUCCACAUUCUUUGUUAAAGAUAAUGGUUUGCAAUGUUUGGAUGAGGUUCCAAAAGCAACAGAAGAAAAAAAUGCCAGUGAAUAA